AAAUAAAUUUUAAUUUAUUUUACGAAAAAUUCUUUACGAAAAUUUAACUUUAUAAUUUUUUUACCCAACUUCACACCAACUUCAUCCAACUUCACCCAAAUGCCACGACAUAAGAAAUCGUCUAAAGGUCAUUCUUGGGUUCAAAUAAGUAAUGAUUCAACGGUUGGAGAUGACGAGUCAAUUUGGGAUGAGGGAGAUCAACCUACUACUUCUUAUAAUAUAGCCAGAAAACUUUCUAGUGUCGAAGAAGACGUUUGUUAUAAAUUAAGAACAGCUAACAAAGGUGAUGGAAUAGAUUAUAAUGCAUUAGAAGAAUAUACUACAGAAGAAAAAACUUCAGCGAAAAAAGAUGAGGGAAAUUAUCAUUUAUUGCCUUCGUCUAUUGAUGUUAAGCAGAAUAAGGACAGGCAGAAUGAGACUAGGGUAUUACGUGGUAAAUGCAGAGAUUUACAAUUGGAAAGUUUUUUUUUUUUACCAAAUUUCUUCCUUUUUGAUUUUGAAUUUCCUGAAUUGGUAAAUUUCUUCCUUUUUGAUGCUGAAUUUUCUGAGUCUGCUAACUUUUUCUGA